UGUGAUUUCCGCAACUCAGACCAUAAACGUACCAGUUGGACUUCACCUCCUCACCUCACCUCACCUUUUGGCGAAAAAGAAACAAAUAAAAUUCCUUGAAAAAUUCGAGGAAAUUUGUGGAAGACACACACACACCAACGAACUCGUGCGCGCACCAGAUCCGUUGUGUAUGACUUGUGCUGAUUGAAGAUUUUUUGAAUUGACCGACUAUUGAAAGCUGUAAUGGACGAGAGUUUGGUGAAGAGGCUCGAAGCCGCGGUGGUGCGGCUGGAGUCGCUUUCGAUCGGAGGAUCCCGGCAGGUUGCUGCGCCGGAGGAUGGCGGAGAUGCGGCUGCGACGGAUCCGUCGAUUGUGGCGUUUGAUGAUCUGAUUUCGCAGUAUGUUGCCAGAGUUACCAGCGCUGCGGAGAAGAUCGGAGGAAAGGUUCUAGAUGUGUCUAAGGCUAUUGCAGAGGCGUUUAGUGUGGAGCGGGAGCUACUUGUUAAAAUCAAGCAAACUCAGAAACCUGAUAUGGCAGGUCUGAUUGAAUUCCUUAAGCCAUUGAACGAGGCGAUUGGCAAAGCAUCUGCAUUGGCUGAGGGAAGGCGAUCUGAUUUUUCGCACCACUUGAAGACUGGUGCCGAUAGUCUGUCUGCUCUGGCAUGGAUUGCAUACACAGGAAAAGAUUGUGGUAUGAGCAUGCCUAUAGCACAUGUAGAAGAAAGCUGGCAAAUGGCUGAGUUUUAUUGCAAUAAGGUCCUUGUGGAAUACAGAAACAAAGAUGUAAACCAUGUCGAGUGGGCUAAGGCUUUAAAAGAACUUUAUUUGCCAGGGUUGAGGGAUUACGUGAAGGCUCAUUACCCACUUGGGCCUGUAUGGAACGCCACGGGUAAGAUUGCAGCCGCUGCCCCAGCAAAAGCAGCUCCGACCCGUGGCGCUCCUGCUCCUGCUCCUCCACCCCCUCCACCUGCUUCACUUUUCAGUUCUGAAACAGCUCAACCUUCUUCUACAGCCCCCAAGGAAGGAAUGUCUGCUGUCUUUGCAGAACUGAAUUCUGGAAAGCCAGUUACUUCAGGUUUGAAGAAAGUCACAGCUGAUAUGAAAACCAAGAAUCGUGCAGACAGAAGUGGCAUUGUCACUGCUCCUGAGAAGGGAACUCGUGCUGGUUCAUCUUCUUUCUCAAAGUCAGGACCUCCAAAAUUAGAGCUUCAAAUGGGUCGUAAAUGGGUUGUUGAGAAUCAAAUUGGAAGAAAUAAUCUAGUAAUUGAUGAUUGUGAUUCAAAGCAGACAGUCUAUGUGUUUGGCUGCAAAAAUUCAGUUCUGCAGAUUCAAGGCAAAGUAAACAACAUUACAGUUGAUAACUGCACUAAAAUGGGGGUGGUCUUCAAGGAUGUUGUGGCAGCUUGUGAGAUCGUCAAUUGCAGCGGCGUAGAGGUGCAAUGUCAGGGUUCAGCUCCAACAAUUUCAGUAGACAAUACUGCAGGUUGCCAGUUGUACCUGAGCAAAGACGCAUUGGGUGCUUCUAUUACGACAGCAAAGUCGAGUGAAAUCAAUGUAUUGGUGCCUGGUUCUGAACCAGACGGCGAUUGGGGUGAGCAUGCUUUACCACAACAGUAUAUCCAUGUUUACAAAGAUGGCCAAUUUGUGACAACUCCCGUCUCCCACUCUGGUGGCUGAAAAGACCAUCGAGCAUCGCUGAAGCUGCCUUCUCCGUCACCCUUUCUUUUUAAAGGUUGGGGAAUUUUCAAGUGUUCUUCUUCGGUUGAUUGCCCUGCCAUACCCAUUCAAUAUUUGUUUGAUUAUCAUUUUUGUUUUGUGCUAUUAUGCUCUGCCCUCUAGUUUGCUUCUUCUUGAAGAAGCUCCGUUUUCUUUUUCGGGGCACUACUCACAAUUUUUUCUUGUUUGUUUUAUGUUUGAUUCCUUUAGUGAAAAUUCAUUUCCAGAAUUUGGUUUUA